AGUUUCAAUGAGCCGUUCAAUUGAGCGGAACUACUGAACUCAGUGUUAAAGUUUAGAAUUAAGCACAAUAUUCAGUCAACACGGGAGAUGGGAAGUGAUCGUCAGAUAAAGAAGCUCAGAAUGUCGGCCUUAGAACAACUUAAAAAGAUUACCACCAUUGUUGCCGAUACCGGCGAUUUUGAUGCGAUAAAUAUCUACAAACCUACCGAUGCAACGACUAAUCCGUCGCUCAUUUUAUCGGCGUCAACCAUGGAACGCUACCAAUACUUGGUACGCAAAGCCGUCGAUUAUGGAAAGACUCAAGAAGGAUCGCUGGAGAAUCAAGUAGCAGAAGCUAUGGAUUACUUAUGCGUGUUGUUUGGCUGCGAGAUCUUAAAAGUUGUACCCGGUAGGGUAUCGACUGAAAUAGAUGCCCGACUCUCGUUCGACACCAAGAAAAGCGUUGCGAAGGCAUUGAAAUUGAUUGAUUUGUACAAAUCCUUUGGUAUUGACAAGAAGCGCAUUUUAAUCAAACUUGCAUCGACGUGGGAGGGUAUCAAAGCUGCCGAAAUUCUGGAAAAGGAGCAUGGUGUGCACUGCAAUCUGACGCUGUUAUUCUCAUUUGCCCAGGCUGUGGCCUGUGCUGAAGCCGGUGUUACACUGAUCUCUCCAUUUGUUGGCCGCAUCUUGGAUUGGUAUGUGGCCAACACGGACUCAAAGAAAUUCGAGGCGACAGCUGACCCUGGUGUCAUUUCUGUGACGAGCAUCUAUAACUACUACAAGAAAUUCGACUAUAAAACACUUGUCAUGGGUGCAUCUUUUAGAAAUACGGGUGAAAUCAAGGCAUUGGCUGGCUGUGACUUGCUUACAAUUAGUCCAUCCUUGCUAAAAGACUUGGAAAACGAUGAGGAGGUGUUGAAAACUUACUUAUCUGUACCCGAUGCCAAACAGCAAGAUAUUAAGCGCAUUUCUGUUGAUGAGACCCAGUUCAGAUGGUUACUGAAUGAAGAUCCCAUGGCGACUGAUAAAUUAUCUGAAGGCAUCAGGAAAUUUGCUGUUGAUACGGUGAAAUUGGAAAAUGUUAUCAAGAAUUUAUUCAAGUAAAGUGUUUGCAACGCUUGAAUUUUGCAUUUAAAACAGGUUUCAUGUAAAAUGUUUUUAACUUUUUAAAUAAAAGACAAUUUUUUCUACUGCAUUAAACUGAA